AUGGGUUUUUCUGGACGAUGGACGCUCUGGAUCCUGUGUGUGUGUUUCAGCGCUCUGGAGUGUGCCGCACUCCGGGUCACCAUGAGGGAAUCCAGUCUCGAGGUGGUUCGAGGGGAUUUUGUCGUCCUGCCCUGCUCCUUCUUCACCUCCAGCCCCCUCUCCAGACUCAACAUUAUCUGGACUCUGGCUCCCUUGUCCAGUCCGGAAACCCCAAUGCAGGUGAUUGUGUACGACCACGGACAGGUGAUUGAAGACCCCUCCCUCAUUGGCAGGGUGGGUUUUACAGGUAUUCCCUGGACUGCAGAUAUCAUCCUGAAUGACACACGUGUAUCAGAUGCUGGCGUUUACCGCUGCAUGGUCAAUAACCCACCAGAGACAGCAGACCCUGGCAUAGGAGAGCUGGAGCUUGGUGUUCUGGCGCCGCCCUCGCUGCCCAUGUGCCAGUGGGAUGGAGAUAUUGAUGUGGGAGGAAGUGUCACAUUGUUCUGCACAGUGACAGAGGGCGUCCCCACUCCAGAGAUCCACUGGGACAAACUGAAUCCAGAGGAAAUCUCACUUCCCAUCAACAUGGAGGGAGAUUUCUUGGGCUCCGUCCAAAUUGUCAAUGUGUCCUCUCAGACCUCAGGCCUGUAUCGCUGCUCUGCCACCAACCUCCUGGGAACGGAGAACUGUUACGUCAACCUGUCUGUCUACAGCCCUCCGGACAGUUCCUCUGGGAUCCUGCAGGCCAUGCUGCUGACCUUGUCCAUGAGCCUGCUGCUACUGGCUCUGCUGGUGCUUAUACUGUGGCUCCAUCGCACGGGGCAGGACGGGUGUUGGAGGGAGGGGAAAGAAGAGGAGGAGUGUUACAACGAGAUACCCUAUACUCCGUCUCUGAUGAAGCGCUCGUUUGUUUGA